GGAAAGCCCCGUCGUCAUCCCGCCCCUGCCUGUCUCGUAGCGUUUGCGUAAUGGCCGAAUCAAACACAACCACGGCGUUACGAGCUGGGCCCAGGCACAUAUAACUCGCCCGUAUUGCCACGCACAAGACACCUGCACCCAACUCUCUCUGCUCGCAUCCCGAGAUCAUCAUUUCCCUCUUCAUCCUAUUUGUGCCUACCUACACUGCUGUGCGCCACCCCCGGGGCCCUGAAAGCCACACCCGCAAGUACCAGAUACCCGGUGGUAUCAUUUUUCCUCAUCAACAUCAACAACAUCAACAAGCUCAAUAGCAGCAGCAAGACAAAGAAAGUCGCCCAAGAUGGCCAUUACGGGCCUCUUCAGCAUGAUCCUCCGCCUGGCGGAGCUGGCCUUUGGCGCCAUCGUGGCCGGCCUCACGGGCGAGUACCUGCACCACACACAGAACGCGUCGGCCUGGGACAACGGCCGCCACAUCUACACCAUCGUCGUGGCCGCCAUCUCCAUCCUGCUGGCCAUCGUGUGGCUGUUCCCCUUUAGCGGCAGCUUCAUCCACUGGCCCACCGACUUUAUCAUCUCUGUUAUGUGGUUCGCCGUGUUUGGUCUGCUCGUCGACUGGCUCAACGGUGCCUGCGGCGACAUCUUCGACUGGUCCGGCAUCCGCCUGCGCGGCGACGACUCGUGCGCCAAGCAAAAGGCCAUCGUCGCCUUCGCCUUCCUGUCGGCCAUCUGCUGGCUCGCCAGCGCCAUCCUCGGCAUCCUCUGGGUCCGCAAGCGCGAGAGGGCCGUGGCCACCACCGGCCACCGCCGCCGCUGGUACCGCUCGCGUGCCCGCGUCUAAGCUGCCUUGUGACCUCCUCUUACCUCUUCUCUAGGGGGAAAGAGCGGAGAAAAGGUUCUGCUACGAAGCUUGCCACGUCGAGGGAAGUGAGCUCUCUUUCAAACAUUGGCGGGAGGGACGUGAAUUGUUCAUGAGGAGACGCGCGACUGGGGGAUGACGGGGAGAGCGCCAUGGAAGAGAGUAAAGAAACAAGAUACCCUGAAACACCCACACUGCACUUGUUCCGUCCGGGUUUGGUGGUAGCAGGACAAUACCUACCUACCAACCCAUCCCCAAUGCUCGAGAUUAGUCUUUACUGCACACACUUAAGAUACCACUUGCACUUCUUUGUUUAGCCUAUUUCUCUUCUGUUAAAGCCCUAAUCAAACCUCUUCCUACCUCAUUCUCUCCC